AUGUGUGUGAAGCUCGCCGUGUACAUCGGUACAACCGAGUACAUCCUGGGUCCGCGGCUGGCCUGGCACUACGGCGGCUUCAUAUUCUACUUUGUCGUCAUGUGUCUGGUCUUGAUCUCUUCCUAUCCCGCCAAUUUCCUGGAGUCGCUGGCCGGUCAGUACUCGGCCAAGAGUGUGGUUGUGCUCUUAACUCAGCUAGGGCCGCUGUUCCGGGGCCUUGGCUACGCGAUGCUGAUCAUCACAGGACUAAUCAUGGUGUACUAUUCCGCUCAUGUGGCCAAGGUAUUCAUGUAUGCAUACCACGCUCCACAAGUGUCUCUGCCAUGGCACGACUGCAGUGCCGACUACAACUCAAAACACUGCUUUCUGGAAGAAUUGGAGGAACACUGUAACAAAGGCUACAACCAUAGCGUCUACUACGACUUCAAAUGCAUCCCGGCAUCCACUUACUGCGUGCAGAACGGAUACCACGAGUACAAUGGAUCACACUGCUUGCGCGAUGCGCACACCAACAUCACUUUAAGAUGGAUGGUGGAUCACACCGAGCGCAGAUUACGCAACGUCACAGCGGCGAACGCCAGCGAGGUGGGAAGCGUCGGAGAACGCUUCAUUUCCUCCCGCGACUUCCACUACCACUACAUCAGCGGCAGAUACGAGUGCCAGAAGAACGUCUCGCUGCCCGUGUGCGAGAACAACGUCCGCGCGUUCCUCGUGGCGUACUGCGCCGUCUGGAUCCUGGCGCUGCUGCCCUGCUUCAACCUCUGGGUGGCCUCCACCUUCGCCAUGGUCGUCAUCGUCGCCAGCCCGCUGGUCACCCUGCUGGUGAUGACGCGAGUGGUUCUGUUCCCCGGCGCCUGGGCCGGCGUGUCCAACUUCUUCUUCGGCAGGGCCAACCUGGCGCAGCUUCUGACGAAGAACUUCUGGAUGGAUGCCUGCGGGAUGACACUGUGGAGUCUCUCGUUCGGCACUGGCGUCAUACCGACGCUGAGUUCGCGGGACCGGCUGCGUCACAACGCACUGCGCUCCUGCACAAUCCUGGUGACGGCCGACGUGGUGUUCGGCCUCCUCAACAGCAUCCUGCUGUUCUCUGUGCGAGGCCACCUGGAGCGGCACGUCGGCAUCUCCAAGGACCAGCUACAGCAGCUGGAUCACGACUCGGAGGCGCUGGUGUUCGUCGCCUUCACCACAAUCACUGACGGCAUGCCGCGGCCGCGCUUCUGGGGAAGCAUCUACUUCGGCACGAUGGCCGCCCAGGCGCUGGCCACCCUGGCCAUGAUCAUGGUGUCGCUGGCGCUGAACCUGGUGGACGCGGUGCCGUCGUUCCGCGGUAGGCCGUUCUGGCUGGCUGUGCUGGUGGCGGUGGCGCCGUUCAUCCUCUGUGCUACCGUACUGGCGGUGAGUGUCUUCCACGACGUGAGGCUGCCGCUCUACCCACUAGUGCGGCUUCAGCUGUCCUUCGUCGCGCUGCUCUUCAUUGUGGUGGUCGGCUUCAAACUCUCCCGGCCUGAGUUCCGAGACCAGGUGCAGGUCCAGUUGGGGAUCGACGCGCGCGGAGUCUGGCGACAGAUGCUGGCCAGCUGGCUGGUCGUGUGUCCCUUCAUCGUCCUGAUAGAGAUCCUGGGACAGCUCAUGGUAUAUCGCUUCCCUCCAGUGCCUCCCGGGGGUCUCCCUACAGCCGUAUUCGCCUACACGGCAGCGCUGUGUCCUCUCCUCGCCCUAGUGGUGGGUGCAGUGUACUCGGCACGAACCACGCCCUUCUGGGAGCUGUGCAACACGUCCAAGCAGUUUGGGCAUCGAGAACGAAGGGCCCGACGGAGAACCCUAACCCCAGCGGUCAGUGCGCGCAGUAGGAGGUCGAGUAUGCGCCGGGGAACGAUAGGAGUGGUGAGAAGUCUGACGGCGGAGGAUGCGACCAGUCGUAGGUCGGCUACGUCAGAGAUCAGUGACGAGAUGAAGACCGUGCUGGGCGUUCGAUGA